AACUGAGGAGGAAGAAGCUCUCAGUUCAGAGUUUUGACUUGUAUUUCUUUUUACGCUGGGGUUUUGCUGACUAUUGUGCAGCUGAACUCAUUUGGAGAGUGCUGCUGCUAACUCACUCUCUUCCUUCCAUAUAUUUUCAGGUGCAACCUGUGAUCUUUGAGCUUCCGUUGGUCACAAUUGUCAACACUUACCAUGAAGCCUGUGUCAGGGAGAAAGUCCCCAGUUCUGUACCUCCUUGGGAUUCUGACCGUGCUCCUCUGCCCGGACAGCUUACAAGGUUGUAGUGCACCACCUGAAGUUAAGCAUGGACACUUCACAUAUAUUGAAAGAGAAAUAUUUGGAACUGAUGUGGUUGAGUAUGAAUGUCAGGAAGGAUAUACUCUUGUUGGAGAGGCUAGAAUCUCCUGCACAUUUAUCAAUUGGUCACCACUGGCUCCUCAAUGUAAAGCUGUAUGCCAAAAACCAGAAAUAUCAAAUGGAAAGCUGUCUGUGGAGAAGGAUCAAUAUGUCACCCCUGAAAAUGUCACCAUCACGUGUGACCCUGGCUAUAGGAUGGUUGGUUCCCAGAACAUCUUUUGCUCAGAGAACAAAUCUUGGAGUCCGGACGUGCCCAAGUGUGAGAAGGUACCUGCUGAACUUUGUGAGGCAGUCUUGAAAGGCCAAAAACUCCUAAAGUGUCUCCCGAAUGCCUGGGAGGAAAAGGUGGCCCUGGAGUUAUAUAAAUUGUCUCUGGAGAUUGAAAAACUAGAGCAAGAAAAAUGCAAAGAGGAAAUUGCUUGAGGCUUUUUCUUGCAUACAUGCUCAGGAAAGAAGUUGCAGUAUCAAUAUACUUCACUGUGCAGGAGAGUUCUUGCAUCACUCACACAAAAUACAGUAUUUUUUACCUUA